GCUGGAAAGCAUUUCAUGAAAGAAUCUGCAUUUGUGCAGCCCAGGCAUGGAGCAGCCCAAGAGAAUGAAGCCUGCAGGAAUUCCCGAUUUCAUUUUGACCUGUGGUUUUAUUUCACUCUACAGAAUUGGGUGCUUGAUUUUGGCCGACCCAUUGCUAUGAUUGUGCUUCCACUUGAAUGGUUUCCACUGAACAAGCCAAGCGCUGGAGAUUAUUUUCAUAUGGCAUACAAUGUUAUCACACCUUUUAUUCUUUUAAAACUCAUCGAGCGCUCCCCCAAGACCCUGCCCCGAUCCAUGGUGUAUAUCUGCAUCAUCAUGUUCGUCAUGGGGGCCAGCAUACACUUGGUAGGAGACUCUGUCAAUCACAGGCUGAUCUUCAGUGGCUAUCAGCUCCACCUGUCCGUCCGAGAGAACCCCAUCAUCCAAAACCUCAAGCCAGAGACGCUGAUUGAUUCCUUUGAGCUGCUCUACUAUUAUGAUGAAUACCUUGGUCAUUCAAUGUGGUACAUCCCCUUCUUUCUCAUCCUGUGUAUAUACUUUUCUGGUUGCUUCAUACCCUGUAAAGAAGAACAGCAAAGAAUACCCAUGGCUGCUUUACUUCUCAUUGGUCCUAGCAGUCUAUACUACUGGUAUCUUGUCACGGAAGGGCAGAUCUUCAUCCUCUUCAUUUUCACUUUCUUUGCCCUAAUGGCUUUGGUGAUGCACCAGAAGCGGAAAGGACUGCUCAUGGACAGCAACGGCCGUUUUCUUUUCUACUCCUUCAUUAUCACUCUGGUGUUGAUUGCUUUGUGGGUUGGCUGGCUCUGGAAUGAUAAAAUCCUCAGGAAGAAAUACCCUGGCAUCAUCUACAUUCCAGAACCUUGGGCAUUUUAUACCUUGCACAUGAGUAGUUUGCACUCACCAAAAGGGGAGAGCAUUUAACUUCUAUAGUUCUUUUGUGGGUGUGCGUGUGAAAAUGUGGUCCUUGGGUCCUGCCCUCUGAAAACAUCUCCCUUCCAGUACCAGUGAUUCCUCCUAAUUUAGCUCAGAUGAAGACUCUGCAACCCAAUCAUCAAAUUCCACUUGAGUUCACUGAAAUCUUUGCAUUGCAGAGAGAAUACUCAUAACCUGAUAGGCCUCUUUACUUGGUGGUCUUGGAUUCCGUUUGCACCUUAACUGCUGUUAAAGAGUAGAGAUUCAAACUGAAUAGACAGCCUAGCCUGCACUUUUUCUUUACUUAACAAUUUGAGACUGUUCCACUAUGAUAGAGAAAAUUCCUGUCUACCAGUCCAGUGGAAUGGGGUUAUGGAUCCUCUUGUCCGCAUCAAAAACAUUUUCCAGCAAUAAAACCCUUGAUUUGUUUUAGUUAAGAAAACAGAUCGUAAGUGUGUAACCUUCAA